AAGCACAUCCUGACCUCGGGACCCAGGAGGCAAAGGAGCAGGCGGCGCCGCGACUGCGUCACUUUGCACUGGACGAUUCCAGAUAUCGGCCAAAGCAAACUGCACAGCGCACUCUCCUUGCUCGCCUUGUCCAAAGCUGCGUUCACUCCUAGGUCCCCAUCACCCCAUGGGAUCCUACCACUACGCCUCCACCUCCCAAUUCGUCUUCGCCGCCACCGAUUCCGACCCCAAGCCGGCCCGCAAGCCCAAGACCACCGUGCAAAUCCCCAUCACGUCCCCACCGGAGGAGAGGGCUCGGGAGGAGGGUCCGCCGCCUGACGCGGUGGCGGCCGCCAAGAUCCAGGCGGCCUUCCGCGGGCACCAGGUCCGGCGGCACGUCGCGGCCGUGCGCGCGGCCGACGCCGAGGCGACGCGGCUGGAGCGGCUGCUCCGGCGGCAGGAGACCGUGGACGCCGUCCGCGGCGACGAGCGCGAGCGGGCCCGGUUUGCGGAGGCGCUCAUGGCCGCGCUGCUGCGCCUAGACGCCGUGCCGGGGCGCUACCCGGCCGUGCGGGACGCGCGGCGCGCCGUGAGCCGCCGCGUCGUCGGCCUGCAAGAGGUGUUCGACGCCGUGGUCGCGGCGCCCGAGGCGCAGACGUGCGGGGUGCCGGCGAGCCUGGAGCAGGUCCUCGAAGGGAUCUGGGGCGCCGGAGAGCCGCCGAUGCCGGCGCCGGCGGCGGUGGAGGAGGAAGUGAGGAGGAGCGGGACAUAUGCUGGGGGAGGUUUCUGGGGGGACUGUAGCGAGCAGGGUUGCUGCUACUCGGUACAAGGCGGUGUCGAGUGAUGGUAGAAUACCAAGUGUGAUACACUGAUACGUACUCAUUUGUACAUAUACUUAUUUUGUGGACGUAUAGUAUACGUAUGUUGCAGACUUGCAGUGAUCUCUGAACGUGAAAGGAAUGCAUACAACUGUAACCGAGUUGAGAGAGUAGAUGGCCAAAACUCCAAUCUCGGAUAUGUACCAAGCCGAUAUAUCUUCAAUGCCAAAUGCCAUCUUAUCCCGAGUUAA